CUGCAGUGUGCGCUCCUCCCUGACAGCUAAACAGCGGACACACACACGCACAGACACACACAGAGAGACGGAGCAGCGAGCCAGCCAACAUGAAGGACGUCAAUCUUCUCCGGAUUUUUAUCAUAAUCGUGUGCGCGGUGGUUUUUGUGGCCGUUUUAGUCGUGAACGCGUUGGCCGGAGCGGGCAAAGGUUUCUUCCAUACUUCUACAGGCAAUGUGUCAGCUCGCUAUGAGACAGGCAUCACUCCAGCUGGCUGGACCUUCUCUAUCUGGGGCGUUAUCUAUACCUGGCUCUCCCUGAUGGUCAUUUAUCUCACUUCAUACGUAUGCAGAGGAUCCUGGGCUCAGUGUCUGUUGCCCUACGCCUUCUAUUUUUGCUGGCUCUCCAACAUGGUGAUGAACAUGAUCUGGCUCCUGCUGUGGGACAGAGAGCUGAUGCUGGCGUCUCUGGUCAUUUUAAUCCUGAUAGCGAUUUCAGGAUUCAGCGCUCUGUCCUUCUGUUGCUUUGCCACAGAUUAUUAUGGACUCUGGUUACAGACGUACCAUCGCAGAGACCUGACCUGUCUCAGAAUACUGGUCCAAAAUGGUUUGGCUGUCUACACCACAUGGACAUCCAUCGCCUCUCUGAUCAAUUUCUCUCUGGUUCUCCACCUGUGGGGUGUGGAUAAGAGCACCGCAGCAACCGCCUCCCUGUGCAUCCUGUUCGCAGAGGUGGUAUGCUGGUUCAUUCUGGAGAACUGGGUGCUGGACCGCUGGGUGAGAAACAUCAUCACAGUCUACCCGGUGGUGAUCGUGGCUCUGGUGGGAAACGUUUACAAGCACUUUAACCCUGCUGAUCCCACUCCAAACACCAUCUUCAUGGUUGUGCUGCUCGUGCUCGCGUGCAUCCUUUUUGUGUCCAGAUUCUUCACGGUGAUCUGGAGGAACAAGUGGCGCCCCCUCCACUCCCCGGGCUCAGCGCGGCUCAUGGUGUCGCCCCUCGAUGGCAGGAAGUUCAGGGUCCUUUCUUAAGAUGAACUCGUGCCUGCUGACCCACGGCAGCCUUAAAGGUUCUGUCCCAGACCCACUGGGUUACACGUUCACACCAGCCCCCACAGUCAUGUUUGAAGUUUAAAUAAAGUUUAUUUGUCAGUGUGGGGAAGAAAUGUAUUUCCUUCAGUGGAAGGCAGGAAAACCUUUUUUUAUUUGCUCUCCAGCUGUAAUGAAGAUAAUCUCAUUUGAAACACUUUCUUUAAAAUACUUAGAAACUACUACAUCUGUUUACUACUAAUAUAAUCUUAAUGUACUUCAUUUAAAAUGUAUUCAGUAAUGCAUUCAGUGUUUCCCACUCACACACUUUAGUUUGGCAGGUUUAUUAACGGCUCCUGCAGCAUAAUCACAGCUGAGACACGGUCACUCUCCAUGACUAAUUUACUAGUUAAUGGUCUCCUUGCUCUUAUUUUGAAACUUCAGUCCCUGAGCAGGUUCCUGUUGUGGUCUUCCUCAUCAUUCAGCUGUUUCUCCUGAAGUCCUGAACUCUGGACUGAAGUCUUCGUUCUAAUCCGGCUGCCUGUUAGCUGGGUGUCCUGACCGGAGCAUGCAGCAGCUGCAGUUUAAGUUCAUCAUGAGGAUGAGGACAGUCUGAUUCUGCAGCCUCGGUGACGUGCAGUGAUUAUAUCGCUCAUUUGUUUAUUUGGCACAAACCACCUUCUACUCUAUUAAUAGAAUUUGCAGUAGAGAAACCUUUAAAAUGUUAAAGUUAAAAUAACACACAGAGUGCCAAAAUACUGAAUGUGGGAAACACUGUUUCAUUAUGUUUUGUAUUGUUAUUUUAAGGCUGUUUUUUGCACUUGUAUUUGCGUUUUUAAACUUGUAUCCAUCCUCUGGCACUAAACAUCACUGUAGAACAUGAUGAACUCGACCGAGUCUCAUUAAAGCACUUACAGCUUU